AUGGAUAUCACACAUGCAACAUUCUCGCAAGAGCUCAUCAAAAUUAUCCAACACAUUGCUGAGAGCCGUUUCGUGGCCUUCGACCUCGAGUUCUCUGGUGUGGCUGCCAGAAGACAGGGAGGCGCCAGUGGAAAGCUUUCUCUACAAGAGUACUAUCAUGACCUGAGAUCGGCUGCUCAGAUCUAUCAAAUCUUGCAGAUAGGUCUGACAAUUGUCAGCGAGGAUACAAAGAAAGGUCGGUAUGUUGCGCGACCAUACAACUUUCAUCUGAGUCCUCUACCUGCUAUCAGCGAGAACGUCUUCCGCAGGGUAUGGUCUUACAACAGUGGUGCAAUAUCCUUUCUCCUGCGUCAUGGGUUUAAUAUGGAACGACCUUUUUCGCAAGGUGUCCACUAUCUCUCACGACAAGAAGAAUGCGAGGUACGCGAGAAGCUCAUCAGCGAUGAAAAAGCCAAGGCAAAUAUGCCGAAUAUGGUCCUCAAAGAGGAGGAUUCAGUCCUGGUGGACCACAUUAGGCAGUCUAUCAAUCAGUGGCAGUCACUUCCAAAAGAAACGCGAGAAAGCUACCUGAACAUCCCUACAGCCGAUGCUAAGGAUCCGAUACCGUCGACGCUCAAUCGGUACCAGAUUAGAUUGACUCACCAGACCGUUAGAAACGAAUGGCCAAAGUUCAAAACGCAAGGCAUGGGCCACUUUGUGCAAAUCACCAAUCCAACCGCCGAACAGCAAGAAAGUGAAAAAGAGCUCCGGGAACAAAUGCGUGAGCGUGACAUCGCCAAUGCCGUUGGCUUUCGCUGGCUCAUAGAAGCCAUCACGGGUGGUGACAUAUCAAGGUUGCCGCAUUUUUACGUCAGCGCUGGCUUCCCAGAGGGACAGGUACCAGAAGAAAUCCAGGGGUUUCUCGACAAGUUGCAGGACAGCCUCAGGAAGCGCAAGGGCGCGCUUGUUGGACAUAACUGUUUGACUGACCUGAUCAACUUGUACAGGUGCUUCAUCGGCGAUCUGCCUGACAGGGUUGAGGAUUUCAGUUCCAAAUUGCACGAUUUGUUCCCAGUCAUCUUGGACACCAAGUAUCUUGCUGGUAUCGGGGGCAAACGAUGGGCCGACACUUCCCUGCAGGCAGUGGAGAACGAUAUGAGUUCUACAGCACUACCUCGAAUAACCUUGCCGCCAGGGUUUGAUCGUUAUCUACAUGCUUCGAACUACCAUGAGGCUGGCUUUGACAGUUUUGUGACGGCGAAGCUAGGCCUUAAGCUUCCCGCAAAGCUAAAAAGAGAAGAGAAGAGUCUUAAGGCACUUCUUCAAGGCCCAAUUGAAACCAUUGAGCAGGAAGGGAGCACUCAGGUCCGAAUUAACCAGCCGGAUGCAGCAGUCCAGUCUGAAAAUCCUGGACGAGGGUUAACGAAAGGCGUGGUUGACGUGCUCAAGGCUCCACUAACCAUGGCAAGCUCGAUUCUGAUAGGGAAUGAUCGCGAAAAAGGCCAGUCAAGUUCGAAUGUUCCUGAGGACACAUCUACUCUUGUUGCAUCAAUGAUGAAGGAUCCGCCAAAGAUGACACACAAGUUUGAGGAUAAGAAGGUCGCGUCGGCCUCUCAGAAGUCGAAUAUCUUCGAAGUGCUCAACGACGUACCGGCAGACACACAUGUGGAUGAGGAGGAUUCUGUAGCUCAGAGCGCAGCAGCUCAACGCAGAAUCGCCGAAAUGGUUGAAAGGGGCGAGCUUCUACCCCCAUGGGACGACGAUGUUCAAUUCUGGGGGCUGAUUAGCAAUCGGCUCCAGGCAAAUGCCUGUGAGGAGGGAAUCUUGGACAUGCUGGAACGCCAGAAGGCAUGA